CUGAGAGGAAAGGUGGCAAAGGCGGUUGUUUGGGUCAGGGUGGGCUGCAGGAGGCAGCGAAGGGUAGAAGCCGGCCGCUAUGGGGGUGCCGAAGUUUUACCGGUGGGUCUCGGAGCGGUAUCCUUGCCUCAGUCAGGUGGUGAAGGAGCAUCAGAUUCCAGAAUUUGACAACUUAUAUCUGGACAUGAAUGGCAUUAUUCAUCAAUGUUCACAUCCUAACGAUGAUGAUGUUCACUUCCGAAUCUCUGAAGAUAAAAUCUUUGCUGAUAUAUUUCAUUAUUUGGAAGUUUUGUUUCGCAUUAUUAAACCAAGAAAAGUUUUUUUUAUGGCAGUUGAUGGAGUAGCUCCAAGAGCAAAAAUGAACCAGCAACGUGGCAGACGUUUUAGGUCAGCAAAGGAAGCAGAAGACAAAAUUAAGAAGGCAUUAGAAAAAGGGGAAAUUCUUCCCACUGAAACCAGAUUUGAUUCUAAUUGUAUUACACCAGGGACUGAAUUCAUGGCCAGGUUGCAUGAACACCUGAAGUAUUUUGUAAAUAUGAAGAUUUCCACAGACAAAUCCUGGCAAGGCGUAACUGUCUACUUAUCAGGCCAUGAGACACCAGGAGAAGGAGAACAUAAAAUUAUGGAAUUUAUUAGAUCAGAAAAAGCAAAGCCUGACCAUGAUCCAAACACAAGGCACUGUCUCUAUGGUUUAGAUGCUGACUUGAUAAUGCUUGGGCUGACAAGUCAUGAGCCACACUUCUCCCUUUUAAGAGAAGAGAUCCGGUUUGGUGGCAAAAAAUCACAAAGAGCAAGUGCCCCAGAAGAAACCACUUUUCAUCUUUUGCACUUGUCAUUAAUGAGAGAAUAUAUUGACUAUGAAUUUUCACCAGUUAAAGACAAGAUUUCAUUUCCAUAUGAGAUUGAAAGAAUAAUAGAUGACUGGAUUUUAAUGGGCUUUCUUGUUGGAAAUGAUUUUAUUCCUCAUCUACCUCAUUUUCAUAUUAACCAUGAUGCAUUGCCGCUGCUUUAUAGAACAUACAUGGCUGUAUUGCCUGAACUUGGAGGUUAUAUAAAUGAAAGUGGGCACCUCAACUUGCCACACUUUGAGAAAUAUCUUAUAAAAUUGUCAGAUUUUGAUCGUGAACACUUCAGUGAAAUCUUCGUAGAUCUAAAAUGGUUUGAAAGCAAAGUUGGUAAUAAAUACUUAAAUGAAGCAGCUGGUAUUGCAGCUGAAGAGUCAAAAAAACAAAAAAAACCCAAGGCUCAGGAAAAUGCUAUAUGCUUGGAUGCUUUAGAGAAAACUGACAGUGGAAAUGUAGAAGCUUCAAAAACUGCAUUAGAAGAUGAACUGGAAGAUGAUGGUUUGUUUGAAGCAGAAUUUAGACAGUACAAAAGAACGUAUUAUAUGACAAAGAUGGGUAUAGAAGUUGUUUCAGAUGACUUUCUGGCUGACCAGUCAAAAUGUUAUGUCCAGGCAAUACAGUGGAUUUUGCACUAUUACUACCAUGGUGUUCAAUCAUGGAGCUGGUACUACCCUUACCAUUAUGCACCUUAUCUCUCAGAUAUUUGCAAAGUCAGUGAACUGAAGAUUCAUUUAGAUUUAGGAAAACCAUUUCUGCCAUUUGAACAACUUCUUGCAGUACUGCCUGCAGCUAGCAAGGAUUUGUUACCAAAAUGUUACCAGCAUUUAAUGACUAGUGAGGAGUCUCCCAUUAUUGAAUAUUAUCCAACAGAAUUUAAAACUGAUUUAAAUGGAAAGCAGCAAGAAUGGGAAGCUGUGGUUUUAAUCCCAUUUAUCGAUGAGAAACAAUUAUUAGAAGCAAUGGAGCCAUGCAACAAAUUAUUGAAAGCAGAAGAAAAGCAAAGAAAUAGACACAGUGAAUGCCUAAUGUACUUAUAUGAUAGAGAUAAAGAAUUCCAGUAUCUAUCACCAUGGCCAGAGAAGUUCUCUUCCAUAGAAAAGUGUCGUACGAGGUGUAAAGCUGUGUCUUUGGAUGCUUGGCAUGUGGAUAUAGCCGAUAAUAAAAUAACUGAAUUAGAUACAGAGAGGUUAUAUUUCUGUGGCUUUCCUACUCUAAAACAUAUUAAUCACAAGUUCGGUCUGAGAAAAAAUGGCGUGCAAGUAUUUCAGCAAAACAGUCAUGGAGAAAAUAUGUUGCUGGAAAUUACAGUUGCAGAAGAUUCAGAGGAGUUGAGUAUAGAAAAAGUAGCCAGUUUGGUGCUUGGGAAAUCAAUUUUUGUUAACUGGCCACACCUUGAAGAAGCCAGAGCUGUUGCUGUAUCUGAUGGUGAAACUAAGUUUAACUUGGAGGAGCCUCCUGGAACCCAAAAACUAUAUAGAGGAAAUGCUGUGCCACCAACUAAAGUAACAUUUGUUGGAGAAAAGGAAAAUAAUCUAUGGCUAAAAGAAAUCCAGGGAAUUUCAGAACACUACCAAAGAAGAAAAGGAGUAAUUAUAAAUGAAACAUCUGUAAUUGUAUAUGCUCAGCUACUAACUGGGAGUAGAUAUCAGAUAAAUCAAAAUGGUGAAGUGUAUUUUGAAAAGCAGUGGUCCAAGCAGAUUCUACCUUUUGCAUACCAGACAAUUGUCAAGGAUAUAAAAACUUUCGCUUGCCACUUCUCCAGACUAAAAACUUUGGAUGACCUAUUCCCUCUCGGAUGCACAGUUUUCAUGCUAGGAACACCUUACUAUGGCUGCACAGGAGAAGUUCAGGAUUCCUCUGAUGUUAUCUCAGAUGGUAGAAUUCGAGUUGUUUUCAACAUUCCAUUUGAACCUCAGCUGGAUAUCUUAAUACAGAAUCAGCAUAAAUACUCUGUGAAAUAUAAUCCUGCAUAUGUGUUGGCCAGCCGCCUUGGAGUGAGCAGUUAUCUUGUGUCAAGAUUUACAGGAAGCAUUUUUAUUGGAAGAGGAUCAAAGAGAAAUCCACGUGGAGACCAUAAAGCAAAUGUAGGAUUAAAUCUGAAAUUCAAUAAGAGGAAUGAAGAAGUCCCUGGCUAUACUAAGAAAGUUGGAAAUGAAUGGAUGUAUUCCUCUGCAGUGGAACAGCUUCUAGCUGAAUAUUUAGAAAGGGUACCAGAACUUUUUACUUACUUAGCCAAAAAUAGUCCAGAAGAUAUAUUUUAUGAAGAUGAUAUUUGGCCUGGUGAAGAGGAGAAUGGUGCUGAGAAGGUUCAAGAAAUCACGUCAUGGGUAAAGGCUCAUCCUGUCAGUACACUCUCACGUUCAUCUUGUGAUUUACAAAUUCUGGAUGCAGCUAUCGUUGAAAAGAUUGAAGAAGAAAUCGAGAAAUGCAAGAAAAGAAAAAGUAAUAAGAAAGUGCGUGUAACAGUGAAACCUCACUUAUUAUACAGACCUUUAGAACAACAACAUGGAAUUUUACCAGAUCGAGAUGCAGAAUAUCGAUUGUUUGACCGUGUUGUGAAUGUGAGAGAGAACUUUUCCGUUCCCCUUGGACUUCGUGGUACUGUCGUAGGAAUUAAAGGAGCCAGCAGAGAAUCUGAUGUGCUGUACGAAGUACUGUUUGAUGAAGAGUUUCAUGGAGGUUUAACGAUAAGGAGUUCACCUUCCAGAGGGUAUCGCAUGCCAGCUUGUGCCUUAAUUAACAUAACUCAUGGCUAUCGAUCUGAAACAGGAAAUCAGAAGUUAACAGCCAUAGUCAAGCCUCAGCCAGCUGUGAGUGCCUACAACUCAUAUUCAUCUGAAUCCUUUUCUGUAUCUUCCCAAAAAGCACAUCUAGGAGGACUCAAUCAUUCCCCUCAUUCCCUCUUCAUUCCAACUCAACAAUUGAAUGGAAGACAGCAUAAUAGUAUCAAAGCAGAAAAGCAGAGCAAUUCCAGUUCUCUGAAGAAAGUAACCUAUACAAGUAGCAAUCAGAAAUGUAAACAAGCUCACAAUAAACAAGAUGAUGAAUUUUGCAACAUUUGGCAAUCAUUGCAAAGCUCUGGAAAGUCUCAACCUACCCUACAAAAUAAGGAUGAUAUGGAUGACGAUUUUUUACCUCAGUAUGUAAAGUUCAGUAGCAGUGGCCAGUCCUGCAAACCAGGUUUUAAUGAGAAUAGCUUUAAAGGCCAGCAAAAAACCCAGGACUCAUUUAGGAAAUUUUCAGCCAAAGAAGAUUCUAAAGAGCUAAGAAAUGAAGGUCAAACACAAAAAGUAUCAAAUAAACUGAAUUUUGCAGGUGUAAGUAAGAGUAAUGUGAAGCUUCUGAAGAGAAAUGAAGGGCCAAAUACACAAAUAGAACAAAAACCAGCAGUUCAUGAUCCCAGUAUAACUGCAAAGAAUGGAUCUGAACUUGAAGAUAUUUUGGCAUCUUUAAAAAUUUUCAGAGAAAAGAAACAAUCACCUGAUUCCAAGGAGUCAACAAAUGAAGAGCAUUUAUCUCCGCAGUCUUUUGCUAUGAAAGGAACACAGAUGCUCAAGGAAAUUUUGAAGAUAGAUGCUUCUGCCACUCCAGAAGGAAAGACUAAUAAAAUUUCACCUUCCACUUGUAAACAGGAUUCUUUUGAACCUGCUUCACAAUGUAGAAACCCAAAAAAGAUGGUGGCUUUCAUGAGUAAAUCUAAUACAGGAGGGUCACAGAACAUUCAAGCCAUGGAAAUAGGAAGCCAUCCUCCCCUUGGAACAACAAAUUCAGUGUCUACUGCAGUGUCUGAACUUUCUCGUAUCUGUUCCCUUGUUGGAAUGUUGCAACCAGAUUUCUCAUUCCUUAGAACCCCACAGACAAUGACUGUUUGUCAAGUAAAGUUGUCAAAUGGCUUAUUAGUACAUGGACCUCAGUGUCAUUCUCAAAAUGAGGCCAAGGAGAAAGCAGCAUUUUUUGCUUUACAACAGUUGAGCUCUAUUGGGAUGAAUUUUCCCCUGCCACCGCAGCAACCACUGCCACCCCCACCAAUAUUUCCAAAUUAUCAGUCCCUGGGAAAUCUUGUGGCACCUGGAUCUAUUCCUCCAGUUUUCACUCAACAGCAGACUGCUAAUAUGUUUCCUUCAUCAUUUCCUGCCUUUGGCUCAGUGCGAUGGGGAGCGCCAGUGCCAGUUCUCAGCAAGUCUUUUUAUACAGGUUCAUAUCCUGGAAAUGCAUCCUUUGUAGGCACUAUACCAGUUGGCACACAUAACCAAUUUAUACCUUUGCAGGUAACUAAAAAAACAGCUGCAAGCAAGAUGAAUUUUGAGUCUAAGGAGUUCCAAGCGUCUCUUCAGGAUGUACAGUUAAAGAAUGAUCAGUCAAUAUCUGACACCACAAAACUGAAUUCACAGGAUGCUCCUUCAGAUCCUUCAAGACCCCCUCAAACUGUUCAGUCUGUAGUAUCUUUUCAAGAAAAAAUGGUGUCUCCAAAUUCAAGGGCCUCUCAUAAAAAGUCAACACCAAAUAUUUCUACCAAACGAAAACCCAGAAAAUUGGCUGUCAAUUUUGGUGCAUCAAAAUCUUCAGAAUAAGUAUGGUAUACAGAAGACUUAUCUAUCUAUUGUAUUAUACAAAUAAAUACAAUUUUAAAUUUUAAUUAUAAGUCAAACUAUGUUUUUAAUUAAUAUUUUCUGCCAGUUGCAUUAUUUUUAACACUAAUACUCACUAAAGAACUUGAAUUAGUUGAUCCAGGAUUUUGAUUAGUUGAUCAAAAUCCAGGAAAAAUUGAAUUAAAGUAGCUACACUAGCCAUCUUGCCUAGAUCUCAAAAGAUGGCUUUUAAACAUCCCAAGACAGCAGCAAUAAUAAUUGAUAUCUCAGUCCUAAUUUAGAAUUGCUUUGUUUAAACUGGAGAUGAGUCUGAAAGCAUGAUUCUUGAUGUUUUGUCUCCUUUUUAAAGAUUAUGUAACUUCUCAAAACUAUGUGUAACCAUAUUUUAUUUCUAUAUUUCAGAUUCUUUUAAUCUGAUAGAGUGUGAAUAGAUUUUUAACUAUUGUGGCACUGCCAACUUUACAUGAAGUUCAUAUCUAGGAAUUAUACCAAAGCAACUUAAGAACUUGAACAUGUCCUAAAAUUAUUCUAAUCAACUGUCUUUAACUAAAUGGCACCAUGUACCAGCAAAUAAGAUACACAAGUUAUUGAUCUGGUUUUGUCCUGAACACAAAGAUUAUUCUGUACAUUGCACAGUAUUCCUAUACACUUGGAUUUGGUGUACAGCAUGAGCCCUGAAUCUAUUCUUGUUUAUGAAAAUGAACUUUCUUUACAACUUGGCAAAGUUACUUUUUUCAUAGGUUUCAUAGGUGUAUAGAUUUUCUUAAGAAAAUAAUUGACAAGCCAGUCUUAACUCAUACUUGUACACACACACAAAUCUCUUUGGUUUUGUUCUGUUGUUUGUUUUCAGUGUAUUUGGGGAGAAGUGAAACAUUAACCAGUGGGAUACUGUUUUAUUACUAACCUUUGAAAUAUUCACGAUCAUUUUUUUACUGGAAGCAGCAGUUGUAUUAUGUGAAUGGGCAUGAUCACUUUCAAGUAACACAUUUCCCAUGCUAGAGUAAAUUCAGUAUAGGAAAAUACCUGAAUAAUGCCACCAAUAUUUUAUCUCCACAUAUUUGCAUCCAAGUUGAAACCAUGUUGAUCCAAGACAAAAAUGCAAACGUACAAAACUGCUUUUUUUAACAUGGAGAUUUUCAUGCAAAACUAGUAUAUUCCUGUUGCAUCACAGCAUGGGAAGUUGUCACACUCACAUUCAGUUUAAAUCAACAGUACUUUCCACUGAAUUCUGUUUAACAGAAUAGUUACUUAAUGCUCGUAUUUGGUUUUAAAUCCACAUUAGUCAAGGGAUCAGCCUCUCUAUUAUUUUGCUGAGUGUAAAUUAUUUUUCCUCAGAUUACGCUGUCUGUUAUUUUGUUUUUUGGUAGUAAGUAUGGCCUGAUUAAAGCCAGUUUGGUGUAGUGGUUAAGGCACCAGGCUAGAAACCAGGAGACUGUGAGUUCUAGCCCUGCCUUAGGCACAAAGCCAGCUGGGUGACCUUGGGCCAGUCACUUUCUCUCAGCCCUAGGAAGGAAGCAGUGGCAAACCACUUCUGAAAAACCUUGCCAAGAAAACUGCAGGGAUUUGUCCACGCAGUCUCCAAGAAUCAGGCACGAUUGAACAUAUUUAAAAAAUGGUCUGAUUACAGACCUCCAUUUAAGACAACCAGUUUGAUUUGCCAGUGUGACUGAAGUCUGAACUGUGUUUUGGUUACAUGCUUAGGAAUAUAAGCAUCCUUAAUCUAGGCCCUGGAAUGUUCUUUUGUAUAUCAAAAUCAGUAAAACAACUACUGUGUAUUAUGCACUAAAAGAAGCAUUGAUAAAAGUUGACUAACUUAGAACCAGCAAAAGUAUGUAAUUUUUUCCUGUUACAUUUAUAUUUCUGUGUUUUAAUACAAAUUGCCAUUUGCUUUCAGUGAUUUCAUUCAUAUCUAUACAUCACAUCUGUUCCAUGUUUUAAUUUGUUAAUUAGCCAGAUCAGUAUUAGUUUCCACGUAAGGUGCCCUGUUUUUUGAUGUAGUAAGACAUAAAUAAUGGGCUUAAGGCCUCUCAGAGUGUAUUUUAUAAAUGCUGGAUUUUUUCACAAAUCUUGUACAAAGUAUUUUAUUAAAGUCUCAAAGGGAAAAUGUGGAGAUUUUAUAAUUUCUUUUCUAGAGUUUUUUCUGCCAAGUGAGAUGUGACAAAUUGGCAUGAAUAUCAAGUGUAUUUUUGUGCAUAGUGUGUGUAUCUCAGAAUUCUAUCAUGUCAUACAAAAUAUUGUACAAAGGUAUUUUAAAAUACAAAUUUACAAUGUACAAUGAAGGAAUAACACAUAUAGAUGAAAUAUCAUGGAGAAAUUUAAUACAAUAAUUUUAUAAAAGA